AUGGGGAACUAUCGUGCUAAAUUGAGUCGGGCUGGAUUUCAAGAGGGUGAAGAUGCUGUUAGCCUUGAGCAGCUAAGACUACAGAUUGUGGAUGAAGUCAAGAAAAGUGAAAAGAAUCACGUCCUGAUUACAAAGCUGAUGCAUACCACAUUUGCCUUGCGACGCAAAGAGAUCAUCAGUGAUGACCUACCAGUAGGUGACAUCCUGGAUCGCUGGCCUGCUCUGAAAUUGGAAUCUCAGAUCUAUGCAGAAUUCCACAGAAUUACAAACCUCACCCUGAAGAACCACUUUUAUGCUGUGUUGGACCAACAUGCUCCCCGGCUCCAGAGCUUAUUCCGAAAGAAAGCUGCUCGCACAGGGAAAGUGUCUGCUGUUCUGUCUCAGCUCUUCCGAACCUAUGAUCUCCACGAACAAGUUGAUAUUCAUGCCCGACGUGCUGUUGUGCUUCAUGCCCUCCCUGCCUAUUUGCACGAAGACACCUCUACCUUCAUCAAAACGUGGGAUAUGAUGCAUUCUGAUGAACCAGAUAUUAGUGAAGUGCCACUUGGACUCCUCCUGAUCAGAGCCAAUUCCAGCGAUGCAACAUUCUUCUGUCCUGAGAAGAUUGCAGUUUUGGUCAAGGGUAACAUGAUCAUUGAUUUCCCCACCCUGGCUGAUGCAUUUCUAGUAAUAUUUGGACUGACUUACACCCUGCAUCUAAGCUACCCAAAAUGUUUGGCCAACACAUUUGACUUUAUUCAGAAAGUGUUGAUGGGUCUGGAGGAUGGGAAGUUGAAGCCCAAAGUGCUGAGUCUCAAAAAUGAUCUUUUGGCAGCAGAAUAAUGUCCAGGGUUCCUACAUAGCCCUCAAGUGCCUGUUAAAGCAAGUAACUCAGUUUAUCAUUUUUCCAAGUCUGGAUAAGUUUAAAAAAAGAGAAUAGAAGCGAGAAAAUGUUGGCAUUUGCAUACUCUCAUUUCAUACUUGAUUAUCUAAAAGCCAAACAUCCAAAAUAAAAGGGGAAGGUGAUAAGGAGUUUUACAAGACUUUGUUUUAUGUUUCUAAAGAGGGAUUUAUCUAUUUAAGGUUUUAUUGGUCUGUUGUUGACAGCAUGAUUGCACUCUACAGAUGUGUAUAUUGGUUUAGUAAUAACCCUUUGCUGUUUUUGUAAUAACAGUAUU